AGUUAGUUCUAGAAAUUCCGGAAACAGAGGACAUUUAACAAUGCCUCAUCGCACUGGUAGCAUGCCAUUUAGACAAGUAAUUUGGGAUGAUAUGGGAGGUAAAGAAGGGAAGGAACCGCCUCCAAUAUCAGCUGUUUUUAAAAGGACAAGGAAAAGAAAAUCUGGAGAUUUAGAUGAAGACGAGGAUGGCAAAUAUAAUGAGAUAGUUGACGUUGAGAAAGAGAAUCCAUCCCUAUCACAUUUUGAAGUUGUCGAAAAAUGCUUUGGGGAACAAGAUCGUGGUAGCGUUGUUUGCUUUGGGUUUGGUGUAACACCUAAAGAUGUCAGAGGACCUUUACCCAGUAGAGCAGAACUUAUGGCACGUAUCCAAGAGAAGGAACGAGAAAAUGUUGACCUUAACAAAAAAAUAGAUGAAAUAAAGGAGGACUACGGCAAAAAGAUGAAUGAUAUGGCAGCACAAUUAAACAUGUUAAUGGAAGCUCAUAUUCAACGAACUAGUGGUCGGGACCAAGCUAUGCAUAACGUUCCAGGUGACUACGCUUUCUAACCUUUAAAGAAUUAAAUGUCUUUGAUUUGCUGCUGUUGAUAUUAAAAUGAAUAGAAGGCUGGAUCUCUGCAUUUUGGAACGAAAUUAGGAGAUAAUAUAUAAGGUGGAUGAGGUGCUCGCUAGCUUAAUUCUAAAUUAGGGGAGUGUGUUGACCUCACCUAACUUCUCUCCUGA